CUCCUUCUUUUUUUAUUUUUUUUUUUUCAUAUAAAUAGUGCAAAGUGUAGUUAAAAUUUUAAAUACUUGUUGAAUAUUUGUAAAACAAUGUUGUUCUUAAUUAAAAAUAAUUAUAUUUAUAAAUUAUUGGCAAUAUUAUUAAUUUUCAAUUUAAUAAAUUUAUCAAUUGAAUACGGAAAUAAUUUUGAGGGUAAUCCAAAAAUUGUUGGAGGAAAUCCAGCUGAUGAUGGCCAAUUUCCUUAUCAAGUCUCAUUACGUAUUCGUACAAAAGGAGGUGAACUACGUCAUUUUUGUGGUGGAUCAUUAUUAAAUCAUCGUUGGAUUUUAACAGCAGCUCAUUGUUUAAAAGGAUUUAAUGAUACAGUGAUAACAGCUGUUGUUGGUACAACAAAGCUAGAUGAAGGUGGUACAGAAUAUAAAUCAGCUAAAAUACAUGGUCAUGAAGAAUAUAGUUCAAUAUUUGUACGUAAUGAUAUUGGAUUAAUUCAUGUUGACAAAGAUAUUGAAUUUACAGAAAAUAUUAAACCAGUUGAUUUACCUACUACGAAUUUCGAUAAGAGUAAUUAUCCAGCAGUUUUAUCUGGCUGGGGAACAACAAGUUAUCCAGGAAAAACACCAAAUGAUUUGCAAUUUAUUAAUUUAACAGUUAUUGAUCAAUUGCACUGUAUGAUGUAUCAUAAUAUUCGUAUAACAAAUAGAAAUAUAUGUACAUUAAAUAAAAGAGGACAAGGUGCUUGUCAUGGCGACUCUGGGGGUCCCCUGGUAGCUGAUGGUGUACAGAUUGGUGUUGUCUCAUGGGGAACUCCAUGUGCCAAAGGAAAACCUGAUGUUUUUACAAGAGUUUACAGUUAUACUGGUUGGAUUAAUAUGAUGAUAAAUAGUAAACAAUAUGAUGAUGAUGAUGAAACAGAGCAAGAUGAUGAUGAUUUGUGUAUUAAGAGUUGGUUCAUGUGA